AUUGCGCCGCGCCAACAACGGGGACAAGGGGAAAGAUAUGGGAAAAUUACUUUUUGUCGAAUUCUGUUCUUUUUUUCAUCGAUACACGAUGUGAAUGGACUGUAUAAAAUUUGGCCGCAAAUAUUGAUGUGAUUUGUGAAUUUUCGUUCAAAUUGGGAGAAAAUGUUUUCCAUCCGGCGCUCACUAAUGUAUUUCGGUGUAUUUUUCCCUAACAGGUAGCAAGCGCUAGUAACAUUAGCUAGCUAACUUCGCUGCUAGCUAUUCGCUAGUGAAAGGAACCAGCUUGUUGGCUAACUUAGCUUGCUAACUCUUUCAGACAGCUGGACUGAAUACAGGAGUAUAAAAAACACAGUUAAUCAGCUAAUGGAGUCCUUUUUUAAUUUGGAAAAUGAAUUAUCUUCUCAUAUUUUCCCCCGAUUGGAUGUGUAGCAGAACUGUACAAUCGAUGACAUGAAGAAAGAAGACGGUGUGGAUUAGAAAAGGACAUUCACGACACACGGACUCGCUUGCUUUCGGAUUUUUUCCUCUUCAAUGCGGGCUCCAAAGGAUUGCUGCCUUUGUAACUUGGAAUAAAAUAAUGGCGACAUGUCGGACAGGUCCUCCCGACGAAGAUGACGAGGGAAGACAUUCAGUCGGGUCACCAACUUGUGAGGCCAAGCGGAAGGAUGCCAGGGAGCAGAGCGAGGGGACGGGGACGUCUCCGGGGGAGGAGGAGGCCUUCUGCUGGCCCGGGCCCAAGACGCUGCGCCUGCUCCGCACCUCGCAGGGCUUCGGCUUCACACUGCGCCACUUCAUCGUCUACCCCCCGGAGUCCGCCGUCCACUCUUCCGUCAAGGAUGAAGACAAUGGAAACCGAGGGAGGCCGCGGACCAGGCUGGAGCCCAUGGACACCAUCUUUGUCAAGCAGGUGAAGGAAGGAGGCCCUGCCCACGGAGCUGGACUCUGCACAGGGGACAGGAUCGUGAAAGUCAAUGGAGAAAGUAUUAUUGGGAAAACCUACUCCCAGGUUAUUGCCUUGAUUCAAAACAGCGACACCGCUCUGGAGCUGUGCGUCAUGCCCAAAGACGAGGACAUCCUGCAGCUGUUCUCGAGGGACAUCACCGCUCUGGCGUAUUCCCAGGACGCCUACCUGAAAGGAAACGACGCGUACAGCGGGAACGCCCGGCACAUCCCGGAGCCCCCUCCCAUAUGCUACCCCCGGAUAGACCCUAAACCCGCCGCCAUGGCCCAGUCGCCCGACCCCGCCCCGCCCGCGGCAGGGCAGGGGGGUCAAGGUUUGUGGCUGGGGCCGUGCGACACGGGCUACCGCAUGGAGAUCCCCGUGCCGCCCUCGCCCCCGCCGCCAGCGCCCAAAACCCAGACGGUGGUGUGCGUGUGCAAUGAGAGCGUGAGAACCGCGGUGGUCCCGCCAGUGGAGGUCCGUCUGGCCCGGGGGGCCCAGGGCCACAGGACAGAGGAGGGCCGGUACGGCCCCCCGGGGGCCAACCUGCACCUGGUCCGGUCUCGGCCCUCCGGAGGCUCGCUGCAGUAUCCACCGGCCGGUCGGACCCCCAACUACCCGGCAUGCCCCGACGCGCACUCCCCCUCAGUGAGGUCUUCACUAGCGGUGCCAGCAGACCCCUAUCCCCCCUCCUCCCCGUCCCCAUCCGCCACCUCCCCCGCCCACCAGAACAUUGACUGGCGCAACUACACCACCUAUAAGGAGUAUAUCGACGCCAAGCGGCUGCAUGCGUACGGCUGCCGCACCAUCCAGGAGAGGCUGGACACCCUGCGGGCCGCCUCCCAACCCGCCGGGGAGUACAAGCAGCCCCUUGUCCGGGGCACGGCCUCGGGCCCCUCUCCCCUCCGCCGCAGGAGCACGUCCCACGACCGGGGGGCCUACCCGGGCCCCGUCCCCCUUCCCCCGCGCAGCGUCUCCCAGGAGCGGCUGGUCUCGGCCGACGCGAAGGACUGGCCCCUCCGCAGCGCGUCCCAAGACGCCCUGGCUUCGGCCCCUGCCCUGGGCGCGCCCAAACCGAGGGCCCGCUCCUGCGACUACCUGGUCCGGCAGGACGUCCCACCUCCUCCGGCGGAUGGGCGGAGCUACGGCCGGGCGGAGACGGAGGCGCUGCUUUACCGCGAGGCGGCCAGGGCUGGCCGACACCCGCUGCAGCCCCCGAGGGCUGCCCUCAGGACUCCCGGCGGGUACCCCCGGGGGGCGCUGUCCGCCCCUCAGUUCGGGAAAGGUACGGAACAGCCGCCGGCCUCCAGGACGGACAGUCUAGUUCACUCCGGAAACCGUGCCUUGCGCCUGCCGGUGAAGGGAGACCCCGCCCUCUCCCCCGGGAGCGCUGACACGGCGAAAGACCCACGAGCGUCGACGCCCAACCACCUGCCCCACCCCGCCCUCCACCUGCGGCCGCGAGCCGAGAGCGCUCAGGAGCUGGGGAAGGAGGCGGGGCCGUGCGCCAGGUCCUCCCCCUACAAGGCCCCCUCGGCCAGCCAACAGGCCUCGCCCUCGCCCACCAGCAACGGCACAGUGACUCUCAGGGCCAAGGCGCGGGAGGGGGCAACCCCCAACCCCAUCCGCCACCACUCCUACAUCCUGGCGGUCACCGACACCGAGGCGGAGCCACGGACGGACUCCACCUGCUGGCUGCCCAACGACGCCCGGCGGGAGGUGAACAUGAGGAGGCUGGACGAGCAGCGCAAGGCCUCCUGCUCCAGCAACCUGGACGACUCCCUGGACUCCAUCCCCUUUAUCGACGAGCCGUCCAGUCCCAGCAUCGACCACGACACCGCUCACAUUCCUGCCUCCGCCGUGAUAUCGGUCACGCCCAUCAUCACCACGAUACCCCCCAGCCCCACGUCCCCCUCUCCUCUCAUCCGUCGCCAGCUGUCGCACGACCAAGAUUCUCUACGGCUCUCUAUCCUGGAGUCGGAGUCCGGCACCAAAACGGAGCGGUCCAAAUCCUACGACGAGGGCCUGGAUAACUACAGGGAGGAGGGAAGGGGGAGGACGUCCAUUAAGCACAUACCCGGUCUGAAGAGCGUAAGGAAGGCAGCGGACCGGUCCUCCGAAGACUCCGGGUCCAGGAGGGACUCUUCCUCCGACAUCUUCAGCGACUCCACCAAGGAAGGAGUGCUCCACUUCAAGCGGGUGGGGGGAGGCAUGCGUCAGUGGAAGCAGAUGUACGCCGCCCUGCGGGGACACUCUCUCUGCCUGUACAAGGAUAAGAAGCAGGGGCUGGCCAUGGCCACCUCCCAGUCUGAGGAGGAGCUGCAGCCAAUCAGCAUCAAGGCCUGCCUGAUCGACAUCUCCUACAGCGACACCAAGCGCAAGAACGUGCUGCGGCUCACCACCUCGGACUGCGAGUACCUGUUCCAGGCAGAGGACCGAGAGGACAUGCUCUCCUGGAUCAGAGUCAUCCAGGAGAACAGCAACCUGGAUGAGGAGAACGCAGGUGUCACAAGCAGAGACCUCAUAAGUAGGAAGAUUAAGGAGUACAGCACUCUGAUGAGUCCUCCCAGCGGUAAGACAGAGCCGUCGCCGAAGCCCUCUCGCCAGUCCCUCAGUAUCAGACACACCUUGCUGGGAGGGAAAGGGGAGACCAAGGCCCUGCUCAGCCCUCACUCGCCCAGGCAGGACUGUGACAGGAAGAACAUGCACAAAGACGAGUGCAGUCCUCCUAAGGAUAAAGGAACAUGGAGGAAAGGCAUCCCAGGCCUGAUGAGGAAGCCCUUUGAGAAGAAGCCCUCACCAGGAGUCACCUUUGGAGUGCGGCUGGACGACUGCCCUCCAGCCCAGACUAACAGAUUUGUGCCUCUGAUAGUGGAGAUCUGCUGUAAGCUGGUGGAGGAGCGAGGGCUGGAGUACACUGGGAUCUACAGAGUCCCAGGGAACAACGCUGCCAUAUCCAGCAUGCAGGAGGAGCUCAACAAGGGCAUGAAUGACAUCGACAUCCAAGAGGACAAAUGGAGGGAUCUCAAUGUGAUCAGCAGUUUACUGAAAUCGUUCUUCCGGAAGCUUCCGGAACCCCUUUUCACAAACGAAAAGUAUGCAGAUUUUAUAGAAGCCAAUAGAACCGAAGACGCAGUGGAGAGGUUGAAAGUUCUUAAAAGACUGCUCCAUGAGCUGCCAGAUCAUCACUACGAAACACUAAAGUUCCUCUCUGCUCAUCUCAAAGCGGUGGCUGAUAACUCUGAGAAAAACAAGAUGGAGCCCAGGAACCUGGCCAUCGUGUUUGGCCCGACUCUGGUCAGGACGUCCGAGGACAACAUGACCCACAUGGUCACCCACAUGCCUGACCAGUACAAAAUCGUGGAGACGCUCAUACAGCAAUACAGUUGGUUUUUCACUGAAGACGGCGGUGAGGAGCCCAUGACCAGCGCCCAGCAGGAGAACGCUGUGGAGUCCCAGCCCGUGCCCAACAUCGACCACCUGCUCACCAACAUCGGGCGUACAGGCACCUCCCCCGGCGACGUAUCAGAUUCGGCCACUAGCGACUCGACAAAAUCCAAGCAGGGGUCUUGGGGGUCCGGGAAGGACCAGUACAGCAGAGAUCUCCUGGUCUCCUCCAUCUUUGCUGCAGCCAGCCGCAAACGAAAGAAGCCCAAGGAGAAGCCGCAGCCUAGCAGCUCGGACGACGACCUGGACGGCACGUUCGCGAGGAAGGAGCCUGCGAGCCAGAACCAGAACCAGAAGCAGAACCAGAACCCGAGCUGGUCCCAGGGUGGUGCGGGCGAGACGCAAGCAGCGAGCGACAGGAAGGAGAGCCAAGGGCCGGGGCGGGAGAACGGGAAGAGCGGAGCAGAGCUCCGGGACUCGUUGGCGACGGAAGAGAAGCCCGAGUCCCCGCCGCCCUCCCCUCACCCCGUCCACCACCCGCCGGACGCCGCCAAGUCCUCUCUGUCGGAUCCCCCGUCCCAUCUCGACGAGCCGGCGUCCGACCUGGGGACCCUGAGCUCCCAGGCCUCGGCCCCGAGGGGUCCCGACAGGAAGUGGACGGGGCCCGAGCCGGGCGCGGCGGGCGCGGAGGUGAGCUCCAUCACCUCGGACUACUCCACCACGUCCUCGCUCACCUUCCUGACGGGGGCCGAGUCCAGCGCCCUGAGCCCCGAGGCGCGGUCGGUGGCGGAGAGCCGGGGCGACGAGGCGGACGACGAGCGCAGCGAGCUGGUGAGCGAGGGCCGGCCGGUGGAGACGGACAGCGAGAGCGACUUCUCCGUCUUCUCCGCCGCUCCCGCCGCCGCGGGCCCGCGCUCCGAGCCCACGCCGGGAGAGGGAGGCGGGGAACGGACCCCGCCGGGCAGCGAGACCGCCGGCUCCGAGGGCAGCGCCACGCCCAAGCCGGAAACCCGCCGGCUCCUGCCCUCCCACAGGCUCAUCGAGUGCGACACUCUCUCCCGGAGGCGCUCCCUGCGGCAGAAGACGGACAGCGAGUCCUCCGCCGAGGGCGGCCGGGGCGACCGGGAGCCCAACCGUCUGUCCCGUGUCCUGGAGGUGAUGAAGAAGGGCCGGUCCACCGGCAGCCUGCUGAGCGUGCCGCCCCCCCCCGGGGACGGGGAGAGGCCCGAGCCCGCCUGGCGGCUGAAGAUCACCGAGCGGCUCAAGUUCCGGCUCAAGACGUCGGCCGACGACAUGUUCGGGGUGGGCACGCAGAAGGCCCGGCCCGCCGACCCGCGCAAGAAGAAGAAGAACAUCCGGCGCCGCCACACCAUGGGCGGGCAGCAGGACUUCGCCGAGCUGGCCGUGGCGGCCGACUGGGCGGGCGACCUCUCGGCCGUGGACCGGCUCCGGCCCAAGUGCAGCUCGCAGGACUUCUCCAUCCGGGACUGGAUCGCCCGUGAGCGCUGUCGGGCCGGCAGCCUGGAGCCCAGCCCCGACGCCCCGGCCGCCUCCGCCGAGCCAGAGCUGGAGCCGGAGCUCCAGGGGGAGGGCUGCCGGCCGCCCUCGCCUUCCCCCGCCAGCCUGGCCUCGGAGCAGCUCAACGGGGGGAGCGUCCCCGCAAAGAACAAAGGCCCCCUGUGCCUGGCGGGGGACGCGCACCCGCACAAACUGUCCGGCGCGCAAGUCGUUCGCUCGCGGUUUCAUCAGUAUCUAUGAAACGACAAAGGUGCGUGUGUGUGUGUGAGAGUGAGUGUGUGAGUGAGUGUGUGUGUUUAUUGUGCGCGUGUGUGAGGUCUGAGUAUGUCCAUAUAUCCAUUAGGGUAACUGCACAAUAGUUAUUUUUUUAUUUUUUACAUACAAAUGUAUAAAUGUACUGUAUGUAUGUUUAUAUACAUACACUGUUUUAACAGACGUAACUGGAUAUACCUUCUUGUUUUUGUUUUUUUGUUGUUUUUUUAUUUUUUAUCCUUGGUUUAAUCUCAUUUUUCACUGGUUUCCAUGACAGCAGUGGAGGUGAGGUUUACGCUCUCCUUGCUUUGUCCAAGCUCAGAUACACUGAGAGAGCCAGACACGGGGGGAUAAUUCUCCCCUGAAGUAAACACGCUUCAGCUUCAACAUCAAUCCUAAUGGAGAGGCUGCAGCAGUAAGUAUUACUGAAGAAUUAUCGUUAAAUAUGGAAGAGAAGGAUUUUUAAAAACAUUUUUUAACGAGGAAGUGAAGGUGCAGUUCUUCCCCCAGUAACCGUUAUGAAGAAUGUAUACGCUUGCUGUUAUAUUGACUAAAGCUUAGUUGCUUGUUACGACUCAUUUUAAAGUGUACAUAUUUCUCUCUGUACUUGAAACGUGUUUUAUUUCCGUUUAGCCCGCGUACGGGCUGUUUUCUGCGCUGUGUACUGUGGAAGGCUUUUUUGCAGUGCAUCAGAACAGCCAGACACUUUUGCAAGCAGGACGAGAAUAAAAAAAAAAAAAGUUUUUAUACUUCUAAAUGAGGAAAGACGAAGGAGUACCUACACAGCACAUCCGUUUCAACAUGCCAUGUACAGUAUCGCACUGCGCUUGUGUUACCAUUGCUCUGUCAAUUCCUGGCAGUACAACACCAACAGGAGGGGAGAAAUGGAGUAAUCAACCCUUAAAUCAUGUCUGUUCACUUAAAGAAAGUGCCUCGUCUUGAAUCUGUUCUGAGUUAGGUGCCAUACCAUCUUUUUGCUAAACUACGUGAUGUACUGUGAAUGACUGAAUUUUAUCUACAACUCAUUAAAUAAUUUUACAGAUUCCAAAUACAGGCAGAUUCUGAGCUUCCAUUAUUAUUGUUUUGUUAUUUUUUUAAAGCAUUCCAGUUGGGACUUAACGGGACUUUCUAAAAGAUUUUAAAUCUCGAUUUGUUUUUGUUUUUUGUUUUUUUUUGUUUUGGAUUUUAUUGAGACUUGAAUUUUAAAUAUUUGUGGGAAAAAAGUGACUUAAAUGUAUGUUUUUCAUAUUUUAGCCUUCCUCCUCCCUCCUCCCUAUGCCAGAUUUGUAACAUAGGCAUGCAGAGAGCGAAUCCCAGAAACCUGGUCAGGUCAUCAGGGUUCUUUUGACCCUGUGUGAGGCUGCAUGAAAUGAUACUUCCUCAAACUGGACCACUGUAUCCUGCCUGUGUACGGUCAAACCACGGUCUGCCCCCUUCAAAACACUGGAAAUAAACGUCUUUAUGUGA